AUGGUUGUGUUAAAAGGAUUUACGUGGCAACAUAGGGUUCCUUCUGGAACUCUAAUACCCUACAUUCUAGUUUUUUGUCAGUUAUCCGUUCUCGUUGGAACACAGAACCAACCGCCGCCUCAACAGCAACAUCCUCCACAACAACAGCAUCCCCCACAGCAGCAGCAGCAGUUCCAACAACAGCAGCCUCCUCCACAACAACAUCCAUCUCAGCAGCAACAAUUCCAGCAGCCGCCUCCCUCACAACAACAUCCGCCUCCGCAACAGUUCCAACACCAGCAGCCGCCUCCUCAACAGUUCCAGCAGCAGCAACAGCAGCAGCAUGUACCCCAACAGCAACAUCCGCCACAGUUCCAGCAACAACAGCAACAGUUUCAGCAACCUCCCCCCCACAACUUAGGAGGACAACAAGCUCCUCCACCGGUGCAUGCCAUGCCAAUCCUAGGCCAACCUCAGCUGCACGAAAUUCCGGAAGCCGACAGACCAUGGUACGAAACCAUGCCGGCUGUUGCGAUGGACUACAAGGUACACAUUGAGGCUGGCAAGGAAGACUGCUACUACCAGUACGUCCAGCAGGGCAGCACGCUGUACGUAAGCUUCCACGUUAUCCGGGGCGGAGACGGCAUGGCCGGGUUUGCGGUGCGCAAUCCGCGUGGUGAAAUUGUCCAUCCGUACCAGUGGCAGGCAUCGAGCGACUAUACGGAUGGUGCAGCCAUGGGAGGUUUCUACGCCGUGUGCAUCGAUAAUCAGUUCUCGCGGUUCGCGAGCAAGCUGGUCAACCUGUACAUUACCGUCAUCCGGUAUGAAGAGUGGGAAAAGUUCACCAAGGAAAUCGAAGACCUGAACGUGAACAUGAAUAACUUCACGAACACCAUUUCGACGGUGGAACGGAACCUCAACGCCAUGUUCAUGUACCAGGCACACUCUCGAAAUAAUGAAGCGCGCGACUACGCUCUCAUUCUGGACAAUAAUGCAUACGUGUGGAAAUGGUCGAUAUUGCAGAUUCUGGUUAUCGUAUUCACCACCUCGGUGCAAGUAUUCUUCGUGCGAAAGCUGUUUGAUAUCAAAACGGGCAGUGGGAAAAGUCGAAUUUAAGGAACCGGUGGAGCAAUGUGAUGGACCGCACAAAAUUCAUUCCGUCUUCGUAAGAGUUUGUUUUGCAAUUGCAUUCAGUUUUUUCGACGGUUGAUGCUUUCUUUUUUCAAAUCCUGGAACCACCCACGUUAUUCCAACUGGUUCUACAACAUGCGUUAAUUUCUUAAAUAACGAAGGUAUUGCAUUGCAACAUAUUUACGAUUAUUU